AUGGCAAAGGCAUUGCAGUUACCUGCAAUAAGUCCGUUUGAUGUAAAUGGUGACCAAACCAGUGUCUCACAAAGGUGGGAUAAAUGGAAGAAAACUUUUGAGUUCUACCUAACAGCGUCCGGCAUUACAGAUAAAGCGCAAAAAAGGGCUCUGUUUCUGCAUUCAGCGGGAAGUGAAGUUCAGGAAAUAUUCGAUACCCUCGGUGAUACGGGAGACGACUUGGAGGGCGCUAAAACGAAAUUGGAUGAGUAUUUUCAACCAAAACGGAACAUAGCGUUCGAGCGCCAUUUGUUCAGAAAUGCGGCACAAGGUGAAACAGAGAAAAUCGACAGUUUUGUGACUAGGCUGCGCAAGUUGGCCGUGACCUGCGAGUUUGAAAAGCCAGAUGACAAUAUUCGCGACCAAAUCGUUGAAAAGUGCAAAUCGUCAAAAUUAAGGAAAAGUCUCCUAAAGGAAAAGGAACUAACUUUGAAAAACGCGAUGGAUAUAGCCCGAGCUGGCGAAAUUGUAGACGAGCAAGCAGACAGAUUUAAGGGCAGUGAAACGUUUUCAAACUCUGAUGUUAAUACUGUCAGACCGUCGGUGAAUCACCCAAAAAGGUACGGGAGUGAGAAAAGUUCACAGAGGGAUGUCACGUGUUUCCGUUGCGGGCGCAAGGGCCACAUUGCAAGGAAUUGUACAAUCACUAAGGACAAAAAUUGUAAUAAGUGCGGAAAAAAGGGACAUUUCGCAAAAGUGUGUAAAACGAAAUGGGAUACCCCGCGCACAAAACCAGGUAGGGAACGCAGUACAAAACAUGUUCAUUUAGUACAGAGCGAAUCUUCGGAGGACGAGUUCGCGCUUGCCGUGCACGACAAGUAUACAAAUGGCAUGAUAGACAUUAAUGUGGGCGGAGCUACAGUGCAAAUGCUAAUCGACUCUGGCGCUACCUGCAACAUCGUAAACUCCGAUAUAUGGAGCGCCAUCCGCGCUAACAACGAGAAUAUGUCCCUAUCGAGAAAUACCAAAAGAUUGUUUUCUUACGGAUCAAAGGAACCACUACAAAUACUAGGAACUUUUCAGACAGUUGCAAAGUAUGGGUUACGUGAAACAUCUGCAGAAUUUGCUGUCGUUAAAGGUGAUUAUAUUUCCUUACUAGGGAAGGAUACAGCAGUCGAGCUAGGAGUUCUACGUAUUGGAGUCGAGGGGUCAGACCUUUGUUCUGUUAUAAGCGAAAUAGAUAAGAUCGUUGCCUCAAGGAAUACUGUUUUCGAUGGAGUAGGGAAGCUUAAAAAUGUUCAGCUUAGAAUUCAUGUCGACAAAACCGUGACUCCAGUAGCACAACCGCUACGACGCUUACCAUUUAAUGUAAGAAAAAGCGUGAACAAGAAGCUUGAGGAGCUGGAGAAGAUGGACAUAAUUGAGAAGGUAAACAACCCCACGGCUUGGGUAUCACCACUUGUCGUUGUGCCAAAGAAAAACGGGGAAAUUCGAAUUUGUGUCGAUAUGAGACGGGCCAAUACUGCAGUUCAACGUGAACGAUACCCGAUCCCGACGGUGGACAAAAUGCUGGAAGACAUGAAUGGCAGCAAGGUGUUCUCCAAGCUUGAUUUACGUUGGGGAUACCACCAGAUAGAGCUGGACGAGGAAUCAAGGGAGAUAACUACGUUUGUGACACACGAGGGCCUCUAUCGCUACAAGCGCCUCAUGUUUGGAAUUUCCUCAGCAUCCGAAAUCUACCAAAGGGUGAUAGGGCAAGUCAUUCAAGGAAUUGAAGGAGUCCGAAAUUUGUCUGAUGACAUAAUUGUUUACGGAACAGACGCGUUCCUCUUAUGA